GCCCACUUCCCGUUGCUCCAUUUUUUUUUUGUCUCCACUGCUCCUCCUACUGUUAGUUACUUUCUCAUCUGGCGUUUUCCCCUUUCCCCAUCCCAUCCAUCAUCGUUCAUAACGUUAAAACUUCCCUUUCAUUCCCCUCCCUCAUCCGCCAGAGAAAAAUAAGAGAUUACACUCCGCUCGUCGAGAGAAUUCCAUCACUUUCCCGUGGAAGAGAAAGGGAGGAAAUUGGGUCGCGGCGGUGAAGAAAAGAGAAUGGAUCUCUGGGGAGCGCUGCAAGUGAAGAACGCCACUCGGAGCCCUCUCCUUGCCGGGGAUUAUUCGAUUCCUUCCGAGCGAUUGAGUUGCUGGGCCCGAGAGAAGAAAACGAUUGGGUUUCUGGAGAUCAGGGUUUUCAACCGCAAGCUCUGCUCCCACUCGUUGAUUGUCAGGGCUAAGGCGAAGAAGAACAACAACGACAGCGAUGACAAUUCCUCUUCAUCUUCUUCUUCGUCGCCUUCUCCUUUCGAAAAUGGUGAUAGAUCUCGCCCUGAUGGAGAUGUGUCGAAAGGGAAAAAAUCCUAUGAUGGCAGCAAAACGAACAAUAGUUCUUCCCAGAAGCCAAUUCGGGGGAAUCUGGACUGGAGAGAAUUCAGGGCUAGUUUGGUUGCUCAAGAGCAGGCACACAAGUCAGAGACCGAGACUCACAGCAGCCAGAGCGACCCAUUCCAAGAGCCGAAACCUCUUGCCCCAAAGUGGGCUCACCCUUUAUCAAUCCCUGAGAAUGGUUGUGUCCUUGUUGCCACGGAGAAACUCGAUGGAGUUCGUACAUUUGAAAGAACUGUUGUCCUCCUCCUAAGAGCUGGUACCAGCCAUCCACAGGAAGGACCGUUUGGUGUUAUCAUCAAUCGCCCACUCAACAAAAAGAUUAGGCAUAUGCAGCCAAACAAUAAUGAGCUGGCGACCACAUUCUCAGAUUGUUUUGUGCAUUUCGGCGGCCCCCUUGACGCGAGCAUGUUCUUGUUGAAAACAGGAGAGAAUAAGACCAAGCUUCCCGGGUUUGAAGAAGUGGUUCCCGGUUUGUGUUUUGGUGCUAGAAACAGCUUAGAUGAUGCUGCAGCACUUGUGAAGAAAGGAGUACUGAAGCCUCAGGACUUCCGGUUCUUUGCCGGUUAUGCCGGUUGGCAGCUGGAUCAGUUGAGGGAGGAGAUUGAGUCUGACUAUUGGUACGUCGCUUCUUGCAGCUCAAAUCUCAUCUGUGGAGGAUCAUCCAUGAUGGAGUCUGGCAAUCUGUGGGAAGAGAUUUUGCAGCUUAUGGGUGAUGAUUACUCGGAGGUGAGCCGGAAGCCUAAGCAAGACAUGUAAGUUCAUUGAGAACACGAUGGGUAUGGGUCUGAAUGAAAAUAUGGAUGUGGUAUUAAUGGAGUCAAAUGUACAGAAACUCACUGUGCCUAGAUAGCCUUGUUUUUAGCUUGUUUUCUCUUUCCUUGGCUUUGGUCUCAGUUGAGUGGUAUUAAUGGAGUCAAAUGUAAGAACUUGCC